CAAAGGAGUUGACACCAUGAGGUCACAGAGCUACUACCUCUCCCCCUUCAAAAGAAACUACUCUCCUGCUUUACUUCAGAAUCUAGAGGAAGCUGACAAAGUGUUACAGCAGCACGGCACAGGCACAAUAUGUGGUGGAGAGUCCUCAGCUUGCUGUCUUGGUUCCACUUGCGAGAGGCCUUUCUGACAAACCACACAGAAACCAUUGCCUUGGAGGAAGGCCAGACGCUCACUCUGAAGUGUGUCAGUUCUCUGGGGAAGAACGCCUCCCUCCAGUGGCUGGCCCCCUCAGGCUUCACCAUCUUUUUAAAUGAACAUCCUGCUUUAAAAAAUUCCAAAUACCAGCUUCUUCAUCACUCUGCCACCCAGCUUUCCAUCAGCGUGCCCAACGUAACCCUGCAAGAUGAAGGAACAUACAAGUGUUUACGGUACAGUGACUCCGUGAGCACAAAGGAAGUGAAAGUGGUUGUGUUAGCAACUCCUGUGAAGCCAACCCUGGAAGCUUCAGUUAUCAGAAGGUUGAAUAGAGAAGACCAUGUCAUACUUAAAUGCUCCACUGUGAGAAGCAAGCCCCCUCCACAGAUAACAUGGCUAAUGGGAAACAGCAUGGAGAUACAUGGCAGAACCCACCAUGAAUUUGAAACUGAUGGGAAGAAGUGCAACACGACCAGCAUCCUCGUAGUGCACACAUAUGGCAAAAACUCAACGGUGGGCUGUGUUAUCCGACACGAGGGCCUGCAAGGGAGGAAACUGGUUGCAUCCUUCUGGUUUGAAAAUUUGGUUACUGAUCAAGAGACAGCCUCAGAUGCUCCGGAGAAAAGCUCACUCUCCUCUCAAGACCCUCAGCAGCCCACGAGUACUGUCUCAAUCAUGGAAAAUUCUAGUAUAUCAGAGAUUGACACGGAAGAGAAAGAGCAAACUACUCAGUACCUUGACUUGACCACUGAAGCAAAUCCUCAGUAUAUGGGAUUGGCAAGGAAGAAAAGCGGCAUUCUGCUGCUCACGCUGGUGUCCUUCCUCAUCUUCAUCCUCUUCAUCAUAGUGCAGCUCUUCAUAAUGAAGCUGCGGAAAGCACACGUGAUAUGGAAGAAGGAAAAGGAGAUUUCAGAACACACCAUAGAAAGUUACAGAUCAAGGUCAAAUAAUGAAGAAACAUCUUCCCAAGAGAAAAAUGGACAAACUUCUCACUCUAAGCGCUGCAUGAAUUACAUCACGCGGUUGUACUCAGAAGCAAAAACAAAGAGGAAGGAAAAUGCAGAACACUCAAAAUUAGAAGGAAAGCACACUCAUAUCCCAGAGAGCAUUGUAUAGUGCUCCCUGAAAUAGGAGAUGAUUUCCAGUCAGCCACGCCAUCAGCAGAGCAGCCUGUGGGAAGGAGCAUCAUUACCGUGACAUGAAAAGUAUCCUUUGAGUGCAGUGUGAGGUGGGGUCUUCUGAGUCAGGGCAGCAACUUGGGGACCAAACCAUGGACAGAAAGCUCAUAGUUUAAAAAAAAAGAAAAAGAAAAAGAAAAGCAAGGAAGCAAGCAAGAACCUAUUAUUCCUGAUACUACUUCAGAGCUCCUGA